AUGAAGUUUAUUAAAUCAGCAACAACAUACCCUGGUGCAGACGUAAACAGUGACCAUAACCCCGUGGUGAUAAAUCUACAGCUUCGUUACUUCACUAGAGUCCAACGUCCAAAUAAACGUAAGCGAAUCGAUGUCAAAAAACUCGUUGAUCCCGAUAUACGAGCUAAAGCAACCGAGAGUCUCGAAGCGCGUUUACAAACAAUAAACAAUUAUAAUGACGAAGACGUGGAGCCUCGGUGGACUGUUCUAAAAAAGGCUCUUUUAGACACCCAGGAGAUCGACAUCGGGUAUGUGCAAGCCUCUAAAAAACAACAGUGGAUGACGGACAAGAUCCUUAAACUCAUGGAUGAGAGAAGAAAAUACAAAACCACAGACAUUAACCGAUACAGGGAGCUGAAUAGGGCGGUCAGAUCGGAAUGCCGGAAAGCAAAGGAGGGUUGGCUAGCUGAAAAGUGCAGUGAAAUGGAGGCACUACAAAAUAAGCACGACUCGUUUAAUCUCCACAAAAAGAUCAAGGAAUUCACAAACACACAACGCAAACAGAUCCGCGGUAUUCUGAAGGACACUAACAACAAGAUUUUAGUGAGCGUUGAGGAAAAGAUAAAAAGAUGGAAGGAAUAUGUUGAGACUCUCUUCAAUGACGCACGACCCUAUCAAGCACCUCUAGACCAUGAUCUCAACGAACCCAGUCCUGUUAUCACGAUAGAGGAAGUGAGACGUGCUAUAAAAAUUCAAAAAAAUGACAAGGCUGUGGGACCAGACCAGAUUCACGCGGAAACCUUGAGAUUGAUCGUCGAUGCAGAUGAUACAGGCCUGAAACUUCUUACAUCUUUAUUCAACUCAAUAUACGAAGCUGGGAACUUACCAACGGACUGGUUGAGAUCAACGUUCAUCACCUUACCAAAAAAACCUAACGCUUCCCAAUGCGACGACCACCGAAUGAUAAGCCUGAUGUCUCACGUUCUCAAGGUCUUUCUCCGUAUCGUCCACACUCGUAUAUACGCCAAGUGUGAGAGGCAGGUUGGCGGAACGCAAUUUGGAUUUAGGAACGGUGUGGGCACACGUGAGGCUCUCUUCUCUCUCAACGUGCUCACAUAG